ACGUGACCAGCAAUUGUUGGUGACGUCAAGAACAGGAUUGACCUUGGAACACCGGUAAACCCGUUCAGCGAAAACUGAAAAUGUCUUUAUUUCGCACAGUUGCAAGUAAUGUCUUGCGUCAAAACAAGGCUUUCCUCCCAGCUGUGAGUGUAAGACACUCCUCUUCUUCCACCUCCACAAAUCUCAAAGAUGUCCUGGCAGGAGUCAUUCCCGAAAAACAAAAGGAAGUGGUGGAAUUGAGGAAACAGUAUGGUGAUAAAGUGGUGGGAGAGGUCACCCUCAACAUGAUUUAUGGCGGUAUGCGUGGCAUCAAAGGUCUAGCCACUGAAACAUCUGUCCUUGAUCCUGAUGAGGGAAUCCGAUUCCGUGGGUACAGUAUUCCUGAAUGUCAGGAAAUACUACCCAAGGGUAACGGUGGGAAGGGGGAACAGCCCCUGCCAGAGGGUCUGUUCUGGCUCCUCUUAACAGGACAGGUACCAAACCAGGCUCAGGUAGAUGCCGUCACAAAGGAAUGGAAUGAACGUGCAGCACUGCCUAACCAUGUGACAUCUAUGCUGAACAACUUCCCUGCCAUCCUUCACCCCAUGUCACAGUUCAGUGCUGCCAUCACAGCACUCAGCAGUGAGAGCAAAUUUGCAAAAGCUUACUCAGAGGGUGUCAAGAAAGCUUCCUACUGGGAGUAUGUGUACGAGGAUUCCAUGGACAUGAUUGCCAAACUGCCAACUGUUGCAGCCCUCAUUUACAGAAACCUGUACCGUGAUGGUACAUCUGUUGGUGCUAUUGAUCCCGCUAAGGACUGGAGCUGGAACUUCACCUCCAUGCUGGGAUUUGAGAACCAAGACUUCACAGAACUCAUGAGGAUGUAUCUUACAAUCCACAGUGACCAUGAGGGAGGUAAUGUCAGUGCACACACAACGCAUUUAGUGGGCAGUGCUCUGUCUGACCCCUACCUCAGCUUCGCUGCUGGCAUGAAUGGUUUGGCUGGACCCCUUCAUGGCCUCGCCAAUCAGGAGGUUCUGGUUUGGCUGACAAAGGUACAGCAGGACUUUGGAGGUGAAGUGUCUGAUAAAGAGCUCAGAGACUGGGUGUGGAAUACACUGAAAUCUGGACAGGUUGUCCCUGGAUAUGGCCAUGCUGUGCUACGUAAAACAGAUCCUCGUUAUCAGUGCCAGCGAGAAUUUGCUCUGGAGAAGCUUCCUGAUGAUCCUAUGUUCAAGCUUGUGUCACAAUUGUACAAGAUUGUGCCUGAUGUGCUCCUAGAACAAGGCAAGGCCAAGAACCCAUGGCCUAACGUUGAUGCUCACAGUGGUGUACUCCUUCAGUACUACGGCAUGACAGAGAUGAACUACUACACAGUUUUGUUUGGUGUAUCUCGAGCUCUAGGCUGUUUGUCUUCCCUUGUCUGGGACAGGGCAUUUGGACUUCCUAUUGAGCGACCAAAAUCAUUUGAUACACCAUCCUUCCUGAAAUUGGUGAAGAAAUGAAAACAGUGAUAUCUAGGACAUUUUAUAUUAAAGGAAAAUGAGAGUGAUACUAUCCAGGUUUUUUUUUUUUUUUAAUAGAAAGCAUAUGUUUUUGAGAGGUAGAAUAUGAAUAAAUGUAUGUACUGCAUUCAAUCAUAAUCAACAUCAGACAGGAGCUUGUAAAAAUGAAUCAACUUUCACAGUAUCAAAAGAUGCUACCAAGCCUUCCUUGUAGCCAUCGAAAUCGUUGGAUUUGUAUAUUGUAUAUUUGUGUGUGUUCUUACUGCUAUCCUACUAUGUGGGGUUGAGAUGUUAUGUUUGGGUGGCAUCUAUAUAGAAUUUAAAUAGGUCAGGGAUUUGAUACUGUGAAACUAGAAUUAUUUCUGGGGGUCUAAAACAUCUCUUUUUAGUAACUGUUGGUUUUUAAGAUUGAUCAGUGUGGGUGAAAAUUCUUUGUACAUAUGUCUGCCCAUGUAAUGAUUAACUGUCUAUACAAAGUUGAUCUAUGGCCGUCUGUUUGUUGAACUCAACAUGCCCAGAUGUGUAGAGAUAGUUGCAACAUUAACCAGAAAAUUUGCUUAAAUACUGAACAACAAUUUACUGCAAUAUCCAUGUUGCAAAUCUAGGUAUAUUAGUAUAGGUCCAUCAAAAGUCCAUCUGCCACCAGAAGAUAGAUAUGUUUCUGUCCAAACAGUUAUUAUUAGAUAUAAAUGCUGUGCAAUCAUAAUUCAGGAGACACUGAUGCAUUUUGUAUGACUAGAGAGAAUAAACUGGUGAUUGUUUUGUG